UAAUUUUAAAAUUAAUUGAAAAAAAAUGGUAAUUUUGCCUACUCUGCUACAUGGAUAUGUACGUACCAAUUCUAUAGAGCGCAUUUUAGCUACCAGCCUAGAGAACCCUAAUAUUCCAUCAUCUUUCCAACAUUUAGCAUUUCUUUACAUAAAAUUCAGCUUAGUGGUCCAUUCUCUGGUAUCAUGGGAGAGGAGAAUCAGCCAAAUGCCCUAGCACAAUGGGCAUUUCUUGGAAGUACAAGUGAUUCUUGUUAUCUACAGGGCCAUGAACUUAACAACCAGUACACGGCUGGAGUUGGAAUUGAUGGGAUCCAUUAUGUUCCUGUGCCUUCACCUCAGUGGAUCCAUGACAAGCAAACACCACAAAAUUAUGUAGAAUAUCUUGCAGAGAAUGUCGUCUCUGAGGUUCAAGUGGAUGCUUCAGCAGAAGCUUCUGGUUUCAGAUUAGUUGAUGGCUCAGCUGACAUGAUUUCCCAGGAGCAGAUAAGAUAUUCAAGGCCUUAUUAUGAAGGGCUGCCACUCAACUGUUCAAUUGGCUCAAAACAUCAAACACGGAAGCCAAGAGGAGAUGUCAGGCAUGCUUCUGGACCUUGCUCUGAAGCAUCAGCUGCUGGAUCAUCUAAUCCUUCCAAAAGUUCUAGAAAUUCAAGAGCUGCAUUGUCUGAUAAGCGUCGCAGGAUGAGAAUCGCUGAAAGAAUAGAUGCAUUGGGAGGAUUAUUUUCAUGCUCUAAACAGGUUGGAACAGCAUCUCUAAUGGAGGAAAUCAUUGACAACGUCAAAUAUCUACAGUUUCAGAUGAAGGAUCUUAGUAGGAGCAGAUUGGGUGGUGAACCUACUUCUAUACCAUUUGUAUUCCUUGAGGGGUGUGGCCAUUACAUUCUUGAUGAUCAACAGAUUGAACCUCUGGAAGAGACAAUGGGCAAGUUGCUGGAAGUGAAUCCCUCAAUGGCAACCCAAUUGCUGGAGAGUAAAGGCCUAUUUGUGAUGCCCAUGGCUCUGGCAGAAGGACUGCAUCAUCAUGAGUAGAAACGGAAAUAACAGGUCUACUUACAACUUUUCGCGCAAUCUUAUGGCGGAGAAUUCUGAAGUGGUAAUCAGGCAAGAAAACUAUAGUAUAAUUUUGUACAAGCAAAGCUCAAGAAGAUUUGUCUUUGUACAGUUCUGAUCUCUGGCUGGACUCUAGCUCCAACUUUCACUAUCAAAUAGGUGCUCAUUAUCUGCUUUAUUUGUUUCAGUUAUCAAACGUAAAGAAUAAUUGAAUUUGGAAAAGGUUCAAUUAAAUUUGUUAAACCUCUA